GUUGAUUUCUCAUGGUUAGGCUAGCUGGGUUGCCUACCAUCUAAGUCCGAAAGCCUAGAAUAAAUUGGCCAUUUAUAGAAGCCCAAUUAACAUUUUAUUCCUGGAAAUCCAUACGCAGAGAGAAUCAAAACACAAAGUUGAAACUUCCAUCAACUGCUAUAUUUCUUUUCUGAUCUUAAAGAACAUCCGUGAAUGGACGGCGCCACCCAACCGCCGCGAGGCUUGAAUCUAGAUAGCGAAGAUCAAACGGUGGAAAUCGAUCCAUCAAGCACUAUACUCGACCUCACGAGCUUUCAGCUUCAUGAUCUCGAUUCAGUUGAGUUAUCUCCAGGUCUAAUAGAGUUAGACUUGACUGCGAAUCGGUUAUCGCGUUUGGACCCUAGAAUUGCGCAUCUGUCGAACCUUAAAAAACUCUCUCUUCGGCAAAACCUAGUUGAUGAUGCUGCAAUACAACCGUUCUCUGGUUGGGAAGAGUUAUCAGGUCUUGAGGAGUUGGUGCUGAGAGAUAACAAAUUAAUGAAGAUUCCUGAUGUUACUAUAUUCAAGAGCCUAUUGGUUUUUGAUGUUUCUUUCAAUGAAAUAAGGUCCUUGAAUGGAUUGUCCAAGGUCUCCAAUACUUUGAAGGAACUCUAUGUUUCUAAAAAUGAAGUUACAAAGAUGGAGGAGAUUGACCACCUUUAUCAAUUACAAAUGCUUGAACUUGGUUCCAAUAGAUUACGGGUAAUGGAGAAUUUGCAAAAUUUAACAACUUUACAAGAGCUGUGGUUGGGCCGAAAUCGUAUCAAAACAAUUAACUUAUGUGGCCUGAAAUGCAUCAAGAAGCUUAGCUUGCAAAGCAAUCGUUUAACUUCUAUGAAAGGGCUUGAGGAAUGUGUUGCUUUAGAAGAGUUGUAUUUGAGUCAUAAUGGUAUAAGCAAAAUGGAAGGCCUGUCAACCUUGGUCAAUCUCUCUGUACUGGAUGUAUCAUCUAAUAAGCUAACAUCGGUGGAUGACAUUCAGAACCUGACCCAGAUAGAAGAUCUAUGGCUUAAUGACAACCAAAUAGAAUCACUUGAAGGCAUUGCUGAGGCAAUUGUUGGUUCAAGAGAGAAACUAACCACAAUCUACUUUGAAAACAAUCCAUGUGCAAGAUCUCCACACUAUGCUGUUACUCUGAGACAGAUUUUUCAUAAUAUUCAGCAAAUUGAUUCCAAUGUAUUUGCAUAGAAUUUUUCAUGAUUCCAGGUUCCUUAAUUGUUAGGACAAUUCUGUCCAGAAAGUUGGAGUGGUACUUCUCAAUCAUGUUCCUGUUCCUCUUUGAGCGACUGACAGGGCCUUGAUAAAGUUCUCAUGGAUCCAUUUUGCAGGUUAAACUGUGGUGUAAGAUAUUAGCUUUAAAUACAUCAUUGAUGCAAAGAGUCAUGCACUGCUUCAACUGGGAUUAGGGAUACAAGUUGCAACUGUUCCAAGGAAUUAAAUUAUAUUUUGCUGUUGUUCUUGUUGCAGUUAUGGAUGACUCUAGUUUUACAACUUUCUUACAUCUAUAGAUCUUCAUCUGACUUUCCAAUUUUCUUCUCCUAGGUAACAUUUUAAUUAUGAGUCUCAGGUUACUGUUGCUUCCCUUUAUUGUUAACUCUGAGUAUCUUAGUGGUUUGAGCUGAGUGUAAGAGGAAUUAUUCAUCUUCAAUUGUUUUCGUUCUAUGAGGUUCUUUGAGGAAGUUUCUUUCUUUCUUUUUGUUUUUUUCAGGGAAGCAUUGCCUCGAUGGCUUAUACAUUAUUACAAAUUUAAAGUCUGUAAUUUAGUUGUUAUCUAUGAAUUCUGAUUGUUUCUGCCUGCA